UUUUACUUCCACUUUCUAUUUUUGUAUACAAUUCAAUGUUUUGAUCGUAAGUGUCGUAGUUGGGAGAGCUAUCUGUAUGCUGAAUUGAAUCGCUUUCAAAGCUAGUUAUUUCCUUCCUGUUAAUUAGCCGGAGUUUCCACUUUCUGUUUUAAAUUUUUUAUUCUGAGUUUACUGAAAUAAAUUUCUGGAAUUCUAAGAAUAUAUAAUUUUUAUAUCAUUUGCAUAUUGCUGUAGCUUUUUUUAUCAGUUUUUUUUUUAAUGGAUGUUUUUUGCUUUUAGUUAAAAACAAAUUAAAGAUGUUUUUGUAAUAGAAUUUCUAAUAUUUCCUAACUAAAGAAAUGAACAAAUCUUUCCGUAAUAUUCAUGGAUCUAAAAGCCGAUCGUCCUCAACAACUUUCAUAUCUCUCCAUUUUAAUAAAGCCGACGAAGAACAGUUAGAAAUAAGCUAUGGUGAUAAAGGUGAAACAGCAUCCGAAGCUGCCAAAAAGGAAGAAAAUAUACCGGAAGCAACAUCGGCAUCAGAAAAUAAAUGUCCUGAGGAAGAUAUAAGUGAUAAUGAUGAAAACUUAUCCAAAACAAUUGUUGACAAAGAUGAAAAAAAUAGUCGUGAAUCGACUCCAGGCCGAGACUCAGUUGUUAAGGAAUACUGGUCUCGAAUUAGUAAACGAGCGUCUAGUGUGGAUUCAGACAUGGGAAUCCCAGAUAAACCUCCAGAUCCAAAUGAAGGAUGGAUGUUUUUUAAAGAUAUCAAAGGAAAGCUUACGAAAACCUUAGAAGAGCGUAAGUCUUCUAUAUCAAAAUCAGGUAAGGAUGAAAAAGGCACAUCAGAGAGUGAUAUUGAAAGAAAAGAUUCUUGUGAUUAUAUGGACCCAGAUCGUACUCCAACAGAAACUGCUGAGGAAAAGAGCUCUUUCAAACUGAGUCCUGCAAUUGAGGCGGCAGAAGUCGAGAAUGAAGAUUCUGUAUUUGCUGAAUAUAUUGACGACAAACUUGAAAGAGCCAAGUGUGAAAUAAUAUCAACAAAAACAGCUACUUCUUCUUCACAGUUCUUCUUGAAACAUCCUCCCAAACCAUCCGCUGCAAAAAUGGAUAUUAGUAUGACAUUAUCAACAUUAAUGGCUAAUCGUCAACCAAGUAUGGAUAUUGAUAUAGCAUCAAAAGAAAAGGAACUGAGUACAGAACCUGUAAAAAUUGAAGAAAAUGUAUCACCUCCAAAACUACCAGAAAUUCAUACAGAAAAUGAAUUAAAUGGAUUAUCUGUAAAAAUUAGAAGAUGCUACUAUUUUAUAAAAACUUACUGGAACACAGUGAUAUUUCGUAUUCUUGUUGGCAUUUUAGGUCUAUUGUUUGUUCCUGUACCUUCCUGGAUAUGUGGGUUUAUUGCUGGUGCUGUCUUAUCAGGUUAUUUUGUAUAUUUUUUAUUUAAACCAGGUAAACCGAAGGAAGCCUUUGUUCUUCCUGACUUCAGUCAGCCAUCUCCAUCCAAUAUACCAGUCACAGAAGUUGAAGAUGAAGUUAUUAUUUAUAAGGGUUGGAUGAAUAUUUUGCCAUAUGAUAUGACUUAUAACCCUGAUACUUAUCAUGUCAAUUGUACACGGUCAUUGUUUAUUCGACUUGACGGAUCUUAUUUGCGAGUGUCCUUCCCUCAAAAAAACAUUCCAAAAAGAGCUAUGUUCAAUGAGCCACGACAUGAAAUGCAGUUUGUCCAUCAGCAACAUUAUGAUAUUACAGGAUCAUCUGUUGAGCUUUUACCAGUUGGUCUGGCAAAAAAGAGGUUAUGGAGUAAAAAAUAUCCUAUUUGUUUAAGAAUUCCUAAUCAUAAACAAUCUGUACUCUCCAACUUUGCGAAGGAUGCUGUUGAUUCUGCUGUGCCAACGAAAACAACUGGUCGCAAGGAGUCUCCUGUUAAAAAAUACAUUCCACGCAUCAAUGAAAAUAAUGAAGUUGUUUUAUACUUAUUCGCUCGUACAGAUAGGGAGAAAGAUUUAUGGCACAACCGUUUUAAAAAGGCUUCUCGCUUGAAACUCCUGAAAUCUCAUUCCCCAUCUUCAUCCCCUAACAUAGCUGCUAUUGACACCUAUUCUUUGGAAAGUAAAAGAACUAUAUCAAUUGACUUAGCUUCAUUACAAUUGUGCUCAAAUGGUGAUUCUGAAUCAUUAGAUAAAGGGAAUGAUGAAGUUGAUAGCUUUACUGAUCUAUCAAUGUCGAAGCAAGAAAAAUUCAAGAUGUAUAUGUCGCACCUGAUGAAUCCCGUUCAUCAUGACCAUCCAUUAUCACUUGGAAUGAAGGAGAAGAAAGAUGAAAAUAGCAAAGUUUCUAAAUCAUCUUCAUCACAAAGUAAUUUGACAUGGUUAAAUGUUUUACUUGGAAGAAUUUUCUUUGAUUUUUUGACAGAAGAUAUGUGGGCACAAUUGGUUGCAGAAAAAAUUCAAAGGAAAUUAAGUAAAAUAAAGUUACCUGUAUUCUUAAAAGAACUUACUGUUAAAGACAUCAAUUUAGGCACAGCAUUACCUAAAAUCCAUCGAGCAUCUGAGCCAUCCGUUGAUCAGCGAGGUCUUUGGAUUGAUAUUGAUUUAUCUUAUAAUGGCUUCUUCCAAAUGACACUGGAAACAAAAAUAAACUUGUUGAGAUACAAAUGUGCUUCUGAAGAGCUUUCAUUAUCAGAGGUGUCAAAAGAAACUGACAGUAUGGAGCAAAUUCUUAGAUCACCUGUUUACAACAGUGAAGAAGAAGACAGUGCUGAAUCGUCAAGUGACGAAGAUGUAUCUAUGCUUGACUCUGCAACUGCUGCAGAUGAAAGUGCUGCACAACUUGCUGGUGGAAGCACAGGCAAGAAACUGUUGAGACUUGUAGAUAGAUUUGCUCAGUCCACAUAUUUUCAACAAGCUGCCAAAAAUAAGUACAUAAAAAAAGCCAUGGAAGAUAUAUCAAACACUCCUCUAGUGUUGACAGUUGAAGUACAGUGGCUAACUGGAACUUUAGCUAUUAAUAUCCCACCAAUGCCAACAGAUCGUUUGUGGUAUGGAUUUCGUACAAAUCCUCACUUAUCAAUUGUGGCCCGUCCAAAGCUUGGUCAUCAUGUAGUAACGUUGACACAUGUCACUGAAUGGAUUGAGAAGAAACUGGUAUCAGAAUUUCAGAAAAUCCUAGUUAUGCCAAACAUGGAUGAUCUUAUAAUACCAAUAAUGCAGUCGGACCUUGAGUUUUCUAAAGCUUAAAAUCCUGCUACUAUUUACAAAUUUGUAUAGUAUUUCUAGUCCUUUGAGAGCUGUUAUUGUUGUGACUAUCUUUAUUUUUAAUUGUCUUAGAACAGAUAUAUUAAGCUUAUUCUUUCUCUUUUUUUUUUUUUUUUCUCUUUUUAAUUAAAUGAUUUUGUAUAAGUUAUCAAGAAGCUGUUAAUGGCUACUUUAAACUUGUGAUAAAUCUGUCAUUGUGAUUUGUGACAAUGAUGUAUUUCAUAAAAUUUUUAUAAUAAGAUGUGCUUUAAUCUUACUUGUGUAUCUUUGGUACUUAAAGGCAUAUUUGAUACUCUGUGGUAUGUAACAGUGACAAAUGUUUCGAUGCUUAAUCAGAUACUAUUGUUAAUUAAGAGCUUAGGAGUAGGAGAGUUGUCUUGUGAGAGUAUAGAAUUUGAGAAUUUAUAUAAAAGAACAAAAAUAUGCUAUAACAAUAUGCAGUCCUCUUUCAUAUUUAGUGGCAUAUUGUUAUUAAGAUAUAAAGUAUUCUUAAAGAAUUUUAUUCAAAAUUAACAGCAGUUUGAUUUAAAUCAGCAUUUGCCAAUGCUUGCUUAGAACCAAAUUUAAAUGGAAUUACAUGAAAGGCUGAUUAUAACACGCUUUCAUUUGAAGAUUUAUGUUUAAACUUGUAAAUAUAUCAUAUCUAUGUGUUGGGCAAAAUAUUGUAGAAAAUAGAAAGAAAAGUGUUCUGUGUACUCACCAUUUUGAAAUGAAGCAUAUAAUAUUUCUUUAGUAGAUGACACCAAAUAUUCCUUUUCAUAAAAAGAUGUGAUUUUUUUCCCCCUUUUAUAUACUCUACAACUUAUUGUGUAGGAUUUUAUAUUUUACUUUUUACUUUUCAUUUUCUUUUUCUUUCAUUUCAAUAAUUGAUUAUAUUUCUACCAAAUAAUCAUGUUCUAGCUUUCCCCCCCCCCCGCUUCCUCUCUUUUAUUUACAAAGCAUGCAGGGAAUUUAUUUUUGAUGACUUGUUCCUAUAUAUUUCAUUUUUUUUUUUUAUACAAAGAUUAAUUUUAUAAUUUAGCUAUCAGCUACAGAAGAAUAUGAACGUUACUUAAUUUUAUCAAUUUCACAUUCAUUUUACAGAACAUAAUUUAUUUUAAAGUAUCUAGUAAAAGAAAGAUUAAAGUUAUAGACCUCAGUUUCAAAGUAUUAUCUCUUAAAAUUGUGAAAUAGACUGUUUGAUAUUGAAGGAUAUAUUGAAAAAAUAAUUAUCUGUAGAGCAUUGUUUUAAGUAUUAUCUAAGCACAAUUAAAUGUACCGUUUUUAUUUAUUCUAUUAUAAAUGUUCAUAUGUUAUUUAUUGUUAUGACAUUUUGUCAUAGAAUAAAUGUUAUUUCAAUGUGCAAAAGAAAACAGUAAUACUGGCUUUGUUUGAGAAGGAGGUGGAGGAGAAUUCCUUUAUUAUGAUAUUUCCUUUAAAAAUGGAAGACCUGGUUUGUAUAAACAUCUGUUCAGAGCUUAUUCUUAAAUGUAUAGAGUGAAUAAAGUUUAAAUUCUGCUUCCUUAUUAAUAUAGUUUCCAUUUGAGAAUUUAGUUUGCCUCACUGAAUUAUUUGAUAAUUUUAUAUUUAUUUAAUUUAUAUUUUGAAAAAUCCAUUUGUCAAAAAAUGUCAUUAAACAUUUGGAUGUAAAAUCUUUUAAUUUGUGAUAAAAUGACAUGAGAAAAAACUAAUGCCCUGCAAUCGUGAAACAUUUUGGAAUUGUAAAUUUUUUGUCUAUAAUAUAUACUUUAAAACAAGCUGUGAAAUCCUUUAUAUAUUUUACUGUUUGAUUUUUUUAAAUCAUUCUUUACCAGAGAACAGAAAAAAAACUUGAAAAACAGAACAAUAAAAGAAUGUUUUAUAGUUAUACAGUUUUGCAAAUAAAUCUGAUAUAUCAAUAAGCAUGAUUGAUUCUUUUAAACAGAGUAUUUGGUUUUUGUUGUCUGUCAGAAAGUCUUCUUAUUUCCUUUAUUAAGCAAAUAAAUUUUGUGCAAUUUCAAAUACUCUCACCAACUUCUAUGUGAGGGUAUUUCACACCAGUGUUGAUGGAUCAUACAAGUAUAACUUAUAUGCUAAUUUCAGCAUUUGUGAUAAUUGACAAGCACUUAUCAUUUUAAUCAGAUGUAUGCAUUUAAUAACUAAUUUCUGGCAUUUGAUUUCUCAAUAGUUAUUCUUUCCUUUCCCUUUUGUGAAAAAAUAUUGAAAAGUGUCAAAUCUUUUAUUUUUUAAUUCAUUUAAAAACACACAAAAAUGGAACUAACAUAAAAGCCAAUGCAAAGCUUUAAACUUAUUUUUUAACUUUCUAUUUACAUUGUAUGUACCAUAAUUGAAAUUCUAUUCUGUCAAAGUAUUUUGUUGUACAGUCUAGUAGAAAACUUUUUUCAGUAUAAUUCAAAGAAAUAAUAAAUCUGACAGUCUGUUCAUAUUUCAUUUAUUUGGAAUUUAUGUAUAUAUUUAGCAAGAUUGCUUGAAACUUUAUAUUUUAGGGCUUUGGUCCUAGCUUUUGGUUGUGCAAUAAUUAAUAGUAUUCAAGUACUAAAAAUGUUUUCUUGUUGUUCAUGUUUUAUGAAGUAAUUUAUUGAGGUAUUUUUUUAUAUUGGGUUUUUCUUUAAUAUAUGUAUUACAUUUAUGCUGUGAAUUAAAUUGGAUGAGAUAUAGUUUGAAGUUUGUUAUGCAGAUAUAUGAGAUAUAGUUUGAAUUGCUCAUGAAAUGCUAAUAAUGUGUUGCAUCUGUUAAAAUAAUUCUUUGUUUGCAAAUCGAUAUAUAGAAUUAUUUUUAAUCAUUUUUUAUUCAUUAUUUGUAUAUUUAUGCCAUAGAAAUUGUACUUUAUACUAUUAGAUAUCAGUCAAUUUUAAUAAGAUCCAAUGUUAACCAUAUUACAUUCCUCCAUGAAAUGAUGUAAUAUUCAUGGUCUGGUGCAUGUAAUUUCUCUUUAAAUUGUAUAAAAAAGUUACAUUAUUAAUAUUUUAAAACUAAUAUAUUGAAAGAAAAAUGAAAACUUUUGUUCAUAGAAUUCAUAAAUAUAAUCCUAUUAAAAUUUGACAUAGUGUUGAAGUUGAAAUGUUCAUCUAUUUUUAAACAUCUAAUUUCUCAUUUAAAUAAAUAUCUAAGUUAAAAAAAAAAACUAUUCAGAUAAAAAUGUGCCAAGAAAACUAAUGAUAAUCAAGUAUGUGACUUUUUAAUGAAAAAGUUGAAACACUUUCUAUGAAAAAUAUUUUGCCUCUUUACAAAUAAAAAGUUACAACGAAUUUUUCAUUUUUAUUGAAAAUUGUGCUUUCUAUUAAACUCAUUAAAUUGAUAUUGCAUUUCAUACUGUAAAAAAAUAAGUCUUUCAGUAUAACUUCUGGAAGAAAUGAAUGUUAAUGUGAGACAUCAAUUUUUAAUGUUUAAAUUUUAGCUAUAGUUUUUAACUGUACAUAAUAUUGAAAAAAGUUUUGUUUGCAAUACGAUCCAAAGAAAAAUGGGAUUUAUACAAAUUUGAGAUACAAGUCAUAGCUUGUGAACCAGUAAUACUGUUUUGAUGUGUUAACACAGGGCUUCUAGCAUUAUGGGUUGUGAAAAAUUUAGCAAGUCCAUUUUUCCAUAUUCAUCAACAUUGAAAACAAAAGUAUUAAUAGACAUCUUAUUAUGCAAGAUGUCAUCAAAUUUUACUAAAUACUUUUCCUAAUUAUCAUUAAUUAAUUUUCAUUUCUGUAAAGGAAUGUAUAAAUAUAAUCCAACUUUAGGAGAUGGUAAUAAAAUUUUCCUACAAAAAGGGAUUGAGAAAAGUUAUUAGAAGUCCUGUUUUAGAUAGCUGAAAAAAAAUUAUUGACAUCUAAUAAUAUAUAUAAAGAAUUUUUUUCAUAAAUAAUGAAGGCAAUUUCGUAGUAUUUAUGCGCAAUUUGUUUCUAAUUUUUGUUGGUAUGUAUUGUGUAUUUGAUGUUAUGACUUUAUAUGUUUGCUGUGAUAAUUGACCAAUGUGUGUGUGUAAUGUUACUUUAGGAGCAAUUUUUCAAAAUCUUCUGGUGAACUCGAUGUUACAUGACAUAUAUGUUAAAUGUUUGCUUAGUAUCUAGUCAGUUUUGUGUAUUUUAAAUUCGAAAUUUUUAUUUCAUUUUAAACAGCCAAUGAAAUAAAGAUGAAAAGAUACAUUCUGUCUUUCAAUAUUACUGUUGCAUACAUA